AUGCGUUUCCACGCACUGAGAAACAUCACCGCCACAACCUGUGUGGUGGCGACGGUAGCCGAGUGUACGGUUCUCCAUGUGGCCUCAUACUCGGGCAAUGUCACCACCUUCGAUUUGAAGCGCAAUGACAAAGGCAUCUACAGUCUGGCCACGUUAGGUGUGACCAAUGGAUCAGCACCCCAAGCAUCGUGGUUGGAGCUGGACGCAAAGAAGAAGACCGUCUACGGAUUGGACGAGGCAUGGAGCACUCCGAACGGGACCAUCACCGUCUAUUCCAACAAGAAGAACGUUUUGGAAAUCUCCAAAAAGUAUACGACCCUUGCUGGCGCAGUCAGCACCAUUGUCUACAAUGGCGGUAAAGCUCUAGCAGUUGCUCAUUAUGGUGCACAAGCUCUUACAACAUGGAGCAUUGCAGCGAACGACGGUGCUCUCAGCAACAUUGGCAACUUCAUUUUCAGUACACCACCUGGACCGGUCCCACAACAAGACAAAUCUCAUCCUCAUGAGGCACUCGUGGAUCCUACCGAUUCUUACAUUCUCGUUCCUGAUCUCGGCUCCGAUCUUCUACGGACAUUCGCUAUCAACGCUGCAGACAGCAAACUCCGAGAGCUGACCCCAUUCAAAGUUCCUGCUGGAUCUGGUCCUCGCCAUGGAAGCUUCUACACUCCUGCCUGUAAGCCAGGACCAGGAAAGUGUUUGGCUGCCAACAAGGAGAACACUUACUUCUUCCUUGUCUCCGAAUUAGCAAAUACUGUUUCGAGCUAUAAAGUCACCUAUGGUAAGGAUGGACUUGGUUUCACGCUGGUUAGCAGCUCUGGAAUCUAUGGAAAUGUGUCAACACCAACAGGAGCUGCCGCUGCUGAGGGUAUACUAAGCCCUGACAAUAAAUUCUUCCACACAACCGGCCGUAAUGCACCUUUCCUCACAACACCAAAUCCAGAUUCUGCAAACACAACCGCCCUCGCCUCCGACGCCAUUCAAACGUGGGCCAUUGAUGCCGCAACCGGGAAGCUCACCUUCCAGGGCUCAUACCCUGCCGGUGGUGUCACUCCACGUCAAUUCAGCAUCAACGCUAAAGGUGAUAUGGCCGCCGUUGGUCUCCAAACCACAGGCCGCUUGGUCAUCCUAAAGCGCGAUAUUGCGUCCGGUGCUUUUGGCGCUGUUUUAGCCAGUGUGGAAGGACUCGGUGGGGUCACCACUUCGAUUUGGGAUGAGGGCAACCCUAGAUACGCGCCUUUAGCAUAA